AUGGGCGAGCUUGGCAAGGGCGCAUUUGCGACGGUCUACAAGAUCGCCACUAAGAUGAAUGGUACUGUUCUCGCAGCCAAAGAGCUUGAAAAGAGAAGAUUCAUGAAGGAUGGCCGGCUUGACAAGAAAGUCGAAAACGAGCUAUCGAUUAUGCGGAACUUGAAGCAUCCCAAUGUCGUCCAAUUCAUCGAUUACCACGACCAAGGAGAUUAUCUAUAUAUCAUCAUGGAGUACGCGCCCUACGGUGAUCUUAGGAAGCAUAUGGAAGCGGGCUUGGCUCCCGGUGGCUUUGGUCCAAUGAAGGAAGACGUGAUCCGACCUGUGGCCCAACAAGUCUUGAGCGCUCUCGCCCAUCUCCACUCUCAAAAGGUUACACAUCGUGACAUAAAGCCCGACAAUAUCCUCAUAUCGGAGCUCGAUCCCAUACAAGUCAAGCUGUCCGACUUUGGACUGUCCAAGAUGGUUGCGCACGAAGAGACAUUCUUGAAAACCUUCUGCGGAACCCUUCUGUAUUGCGCCCCCGAGGUUUUCCCGUUCUACGAAAAGUCCAAAAAGCGUCGGCGUGGAAGCGAAAAGGCGUACAGCUCUGCCUGUGACAUCUAUUCCCUAGGAGGUGUGCUCUGGAAUGCUCUUUGCGGUGCUCCUCCUUUUGAGGGUAAACAAGAUUCUACCGGUCGCGCCAUGUUCGAUCACAUCAUGGAGACAGAGUUGGACGUGAGCCCACUCAAGAAGCGGAAUGUCCCAGACGCUUGCAUUGACUUGCUCAUCCAAAUGCUCCGGAGAGACCCAUCCCAACGUCCCACGGAAAUUCAAUGUCUGCAACACCAAUGGCUAAGAGAGGGCGCAAACAUCCCCGAAGACCCCACUUUGGAAUCCAUUGUCGAAGAGGACGAAGAGGAGGACGAAGCUGAACAUCAGCUGUCGCAGCUCAGUAUCAAUGAAGACGUGCCUGAAACCGACGAAGCUGACGUCUUAUCUGACGAGGAGUUCGAACACCUGCUUGAUGCCCGGCAAUCGAAGCGCAUCCGCCACGAUCCAUUAUUCCCACGAUAUCAAUUGCGGGAUCGCGAAAGUGAAUCGAGCGCCGCUCCGUCCCCUCAGUCUGAUAUGGAAGGCGUUCUUGAGGAUGAGAGCUUCCAGCCCAUGCCCAAGGCACCGAACGCACUUCGCCUGUUUGGUGAGAUCGGACAGUCGGCUCUGGAAAGCUCUGGUGUUCUCGACGUGCACGCAAAACAAGCGCUUUCAAAUGCUGGAUCCACCGAAUCCGAUGGGCAGGAGGCUUCGAAUAAUCAAGGGAGACGAGGGCGUAAAGCAUCGACUGGAAACACGCCGACCCUCGAUCGAGAUGUUUCCUCAUCUAGCCUCUUUGGUGCUGAAUCUGGGGUGCGAGAGCUGAACAUGGCUUCGCCGCAAUCUUUCGGGUCCGGUCGGGAGACUCCGAACGAGCCCGCUACGCCCAAGACACCAGAGGUCCCUCAACAUAGCUCGCUCGGAUAUUCGCAGAAGCACCCAAGCCAGAGCAGCGAACCGACGCCACGUGCGAGACCACCGCCACCCAAUCGACUUAUCAGUCUACCUAAGACCCCUUCUUUCUUUUAUGAUCCUGCCGAUCCCUCCACACACAAUCUCGAGUACGCUCAGAGAGUGAGUGGCUUCGAUUUUGGUGCACAGCUGCAGGAUACCACAGACGGGGCGUCCCUCGCAGACACCAUGCAGCAAUCUGCUCACGGAGACAGCGAGACUUCGGUGUCUUCAGUUGCAGCCAUCCCGGUCAAAGCUGGCCCAACGCUGCCCACCGAGCCUGAUUUCAAGGCUCCACCACGCCGAGUCGGCAAGCUGACAGCCACGCUGGAUUCAUUUGACCCCUCACUUGUUCUCAAUCUGGACCGGCGCCUCACAUCGUGGGGUCGCUUGCCUUCGAGCACCAUUGUGUACGAGGAUGCUGCCGACAUCCGUAUUCCCAAGACGGCCUUCCACAUCUUCUGGUGGUCUCCGAGCGGCACGAACGUACAGGAGCUCUCCCAAAACGGCCAAGACUGGACACAAAUCGAGGACCUGCAAGCCGGCAUCUUCACAUCCGCGACCGCCGGUCUUUGGGUCAACGGGAAACAUAUCAAACAGAAGGACGACAAGGGCCGCGCUCUCUUUGGGAACCUGCACUCGGGGGACAUCAUUCAGAUUUUCCAUAACCAGCGCAAUCAAAGCCUGAAGUUCAAAUGCGAGUUCUACUACGGCAAGAGUACGCAGCCGCGCCCUGCUGGCGAGAGCUUCAAGGUGCAAAUUGGCACCAAGCUGGGCUAG